AUGAAAGAAAAAGCUCUUCAGGCGAAAGCUAAACCCGCGUGCAAAACUCGUACUAUUGUGUCUGCAUUCCGGCAGAUAACUGACUCAAAUGCCACUCAAUUCAAACUCUUCACAUAUGAUGAGCCAUCACUAAACAUUUUUUUAAUUCAUUUUACUUCGAAACGGAUGAUGGUCGCUUUUUCAUUAUUUUUAAAAGCUUCCACUGAAGCAAGAGAAGAGAGAAAAAAAAGACUGCGAAUUAACAGAAUAGCAAUGUUAAAGCCGCGGAACUGUGUUCGACUAAAGGUUUUUACAAAUUGA